CCCGAGUCUCUUAGGUGAUGCUGCAGCCAAGAUGGCGCCUGCGGCGGCCGUGGCGGCCUGAGCGCGAUGCUGCGGGUUCUCGGCGGCGGCUGUGGCCUUGGCCGGGGCCUCGGGUCUCUCCCGGUCGUGAGCGAUCAGCGCCUCUCCUCCGGCCGGGCUAGCUGGGACAGAGAGGAGACGGCCACGAAGAGAGGAGGCAGUGAGCAACAGGACGAGAGCGCGGCUCCUCCAGCCUCGGCACCAUGGCUGGGAUCAUCAAGAAGCAAAUCCUGAAGCACCUCUCCAGCGUUCCCUGCUGGCUGUGGUGGAGAUUGGUGUGCUGUGAAUUGCAUAAUCACCCAAAUGAGUACCAGAGGAGUCUAAGAAACCCUGGCAACUGACUGCUUGCUUUCAACAGGAAUAGGGACCUUUUUCUGAAUUUCCUGCCCUCAGAUUUACCAAAAAUUUAUCGCCUGACAAGAUAAAUCUAAGUACCCUUAAAGGAGAAGGUGAACUGAAGAAUUUGGAGUUGGAUGAAGAAGUACUCCAGAAUAUGUUGGAUUUGCCGACAUGGCUUGCUAUCAACAAAGUUUUUUGUAAUAAAGCGUCCAUUAGGAUCCCAUGGACAAAACUGAAAACACAUCCCAUCUGUUUGUCCCUGGAUAAAGUAAUAAUGGAAAUGAGUACAUGUGAAGAACCAAGAAGCCCUAAUGGCCCAUCACCAAUUGCAACUGCUUCAGGACAAAGUGAAUACGGCUUUGCUGAAAAAGUAGUUGAGGGAAUUUCUGUUUCUGUAAAUUCUAUAGUCAUCAGAAUUGGAGCAAAAGCCUUCAAUGCAUCAUUUGAACUUUCUCAGCUUCGGAUCUAUAGUGUGAAUGCACACUGGGAACAUGGAGAUUUGAGAUUUACUCGUAUUCAGGAUCCACAGAGAGGAGAGGUUUUGACUUUUAAAGAAAUAAAUUGGCAGAUGAUAAGAAUAGAGGCAGAUGCCACCCAAAGUUCACAUCUUGAAAUUAUGUGUGCUCCUGUUCGAUUAAUAACCAACCAAUCAAAAAUCAGAGUCACACUUAAAAGAAGGUUAAAGGACUGCAAUGUCAUAGCAACAAAGUUAGUUCUAAUAUUGGAUGACUUAUUAUGGGUUUUAACUGAUUCCCAGUUGAAAGCUAUGGUACAAUAUGCAAAGUCUCUUAGUGAAGCAAUAGAAAAAUCAACAGAACAAAGGAAGAGUAUGGCUCCUGAACCUACACAGAGCUCUACAGUAGUCGCAUCUGCCCAGCAAGUGAAGACAACACAAACUUCAAAUGCUCCUGAUGUAAAUGAUGCAAUUGUGAAACUAUUCAAUGAUUUUGAUGUUAAGGAAACCUCCCAUCAUUUAGUGAUUUCUCAUCUAGAUCUACACAUAUGUGAUGACAUUCAUGCUAAAGAAAAAGAGUCAAACAGACGUAUUACUGGAGGGGCAAUGCAACUCUCUUUUACACAGCUAACGAUAGAUUAUUAUCCUUAUCAUAAAGCAGGAGAUAGUUGUAAUCAUUGGAUGUAUUUUAGUGAUGCAACCAAAACAAAAAAUGGAUGGGCCAACGAGUUAUUGCAUGAAUUUGAGUGCAACGUUGAAAUGCUUAAACAGGCUGUGAAGGAUCAUAAUGUAGGUUCACCUCCUAAAUCCCCAACACAUGCCUCUCCCCAGCACACACAAACAGAGAAGGACUACCCUCUGAAAGGGACAUGCAGAACACCUUCAGUAUUAUCUCAACAAUCAAAAGCUAAGCUAAUGUCUAGUUCUGUUGUGGUUAGACUUGCAGAUUUCAAUAUAUACCAGGUCUCUACAGCGGAACAAUGUCGUUCUUCGCCCAAAAGCAUGAUUUGCUGCAAUAAAAAAUCCCUAUAUCUUCCACAAGAAAUGUCAGCUGUCUAUAUAGAAUUCACAGAAUAUUACUAUCCAGAUGGAAAGGAUUUUCCAAUUCCGUCUCCCAACCUCUAUAGCCAGCUGAAUGCACUACAGUUCACUGUGGAUGAAAGAAGCAUUCUAUGGUUAAAUCAAUUUCUGUUGGAUUUAAAACAGAGUCUUAAUCAGUUCAUGGCUGUGUACAAGUUGAAUGACAAUUCAAAAUCUGACGAGCAUGUUGAUGUUCGAGUUGAUGGCUUAAUGCUAAAGUUUGUCAUUCCUUCUGAAGUGAAAUCUGAAUGUCAUCAAGAUCAGCCACGUGCGAUUUCUAUUCAGAGUUCUGAAAUGAUUGCCACAAAUACAAGGCACUGUCCAAACUGUCGACAUUCUGACCUAGAAGCUUUGUUUCAAGACUUUAAAGAUUGUGAUUUUUUUAGUAAAACAUAUACCAGCUUCCCCAAAUCUUGUGACAAUUUUAAUCUUCUACAUCCAAUUUUCCAGAGACAUGCUCAUGAACAAGAUACCAAAAUGCAUGAAAUUUAUAAAGGAAAUAUUACUCCCCAAUUGAAUAAAAACACUCUUAAAACUUCUGCUGCCACGGAUGUUUGGGCUGUGUACUUUUCUCAGUUUUGGGUAGAUUAUGAAGGGAUGAAAAGUGGAAAAGGACGGCCAAUAAGUUUUGUAGACUCAUUCCCUCUUUCCAUUUGGAUUUGUCAACCAACAAGAUAUGCAGAGUCACAAAAAGAGCCACAGACUUGUAAUCAAGUAUCUCUAAAUACAUCACAAAGUGAAUCUAGUGAUCUGGCUGGCCGAUUGAAGCGGAAGAAGCUCUUGAAGGAGUAUUAUAGUACAGAGUCUGAGCCUUUGACAAAUGGUGGUCAGAAGCCUUCUUCAUCAGAUACAUUUUUCAGAUUUUCCUCUUCCUCGUCAGAGGCAGAUAUUCAUGUCCUAGUUCAUGUUCAUAAACAUGUCAGUAUGCAGAUUAAUCACUACCAGUAUCUGCUUCUACUUUUCCUGCAUGAGUCACUUAUCCUGCUUUCAGAGAACUUAAGGAAAGAUGUAGAAGCUGUAACUGGCAGUCCUGCUAGUCAGACGUCCAUUUGUAUUGGAAUUUUACUUAGAAGUGCAGAACUGGCUCUUUUGCUCCAUCCAGUGGAUCAAGCAAAUACUUUUAAGUCUCCCGUUUCUGAAAGUGUGAGCCCAGUAGUACCUGAUUAUAUGCCUACAGAAAAUGGGGAUUUUUUGUCUUCAAAAAGAAAACAAAUUAGUAGGGAUAUAAAUAGAAUUAGAAGUGUAACUGUUAAUCAUAUGUCAGACAACAGAUCUAUGAGUGUUGACCUUAGCCAUGUCCCUUUAAAGGAUCCUUUGCUUUUUAAAUCAGCUAGUGAUACAAAUCUGCAAAAAGGCAUUUCUUUUAUGGACUAUUUAUCAGAUAAACAUUUAGGGAAAAUAAGUGAAGAUGAAAGUAGUGGACUUGUUUACAAAAGUGGCUCAGGAGAAAUUGGAUCAGAAACAAGUGACAAAAAGGAUUCAUUUUAUACAGAUUCAAGUAGUAUCUUAAACUACAGAGAAGAUUCGAAUAUGCUUUCAUUUGAUAGUGAUGGUAAUCAAAACAUACUUUCAAGUAGUUUAACUAGUAAAGGAAAUGAAACCAUAGAGUCCAUCUUUAAAGCUGAAGAUUUGCUUCCAGAAGCAGCUUCACUCUCUGAAAACCUGGAUAUCAGUAAAGAAGAGACCCCCCCAGUUAGAACACUUAAAUCACAGUCAUCUUUAAGUGGAAAGCCUAAGGAACGUUGCCCACCCAACCUGGCUCCUCUCUGUGUUUCUUAUAAGAAUAUGAAAAGAAGCUCUUCACAAAUGUCAUUGGAUACCAUUUCACUUGACAGCAUGAUACUGGAAGAACAGUUGUUAGAAAGUGAUGGAAGUGAUAGCCAUAUGUUUUUGGAAAAAGGAAAUAAAAAGAACUCAACUACAAAUUACAGGGGCACAGCAGAAAGUGUGAAUGCUGGUGCAAACCUACAGAAUUAUGGUGAAACUUCUCCAGAUGCCAUCAGUACAAAUUCAGAGGGUGCUCAGGAAAAUCAUGAUGACCUGAUGUCCGUUGUGGUAUUUAAAAUUACUGGUGUUAAUGGGGAAAUUGACAUCCGAGGGGAGGAUACAGAAAUCUGUCUUCAAGUGAACCAGGUGACACCAGACCAAUUAGGCAAUAUCAGCCUUCGGCAUUACCUUUGUAAUCGUCCAGUUGGUUCCGAUCAGAAAGCUGUAAUUCAUUCCAAAUCCUCUCCUGAGAUUUCUCUGAGAUUUGAAAGUGGGCCUGGUGCUGUAAUACACUCUUUACUUGCAGAAAAAAAUGGAUUUCUGCAGUGCCACAUAGAAAACUUUAGCACUGAGUUUCUUACAUCUUCUCUUAUGAAUAUUCAACAUUUUUUGGAAGAUGAAACUGUUGCAACAGUAAUGCCAAUGAAGAUACAAGUUUCUAACACAAAAAUAAAUUUAAAAGAUGAUAGUCCCCGGAGCAGUACAGUAUCCCUUGAACCAGCUCCUGUAACUGUACAUAUUGAUCAUCUUGUGGUAGAGAGAAGUGACGAUGGCUCUUUUCAUAUCAGAGAUUCUCACAUGCUUAACACUGGAAAUGAUUUGAAAGAAAAUGUCAAAAGCGAUUCAGUGCUGCUGACCAGUGGAAAGUAUGAUCUGAAGAAACAACGCAGUGUCACUCAAGCCACUCAGACAAGCCCAGGGGUUCCUUGGCCUUCUCAGUCAGCCAGCUUUCCUGAGUUCUCCUUUGACUUCACUAGGGAACAGCUCAUGGAAGAGAAUGAAUCUCUUAAACAGGAACUGGCUAAAGCUAAAAUGGCUCUUGCAGAGGCUCACUUGGAAAAAGAUGCUCUUCUUCAUCAUAUAAAGAAGAUGACAGUUGAAUAGCAGGAGUGGCAGUCAAAACUGAAAUUAUAGCUCUGGAGUAGGAAGAUUAUAUUUAUAAUGUGGAUGUUACCAGUUAGGGGAAGACUUUUAUUUUCAUGAAAAGACAAUAAAACAAAAUGGAAUGUGAUGAAGUGGUGACUAUUUCAAAGCCAGUUUAGAAAGUAUUAGUACGGGCAUUACAAUCUUUUGGUUGUUUUGUGUUUUGGGGCUUAACCCUCUUCUAAACUGUUGUGAUCUAGGGAAGUCAACACAUAGUGUAAAAUAAUUACCUGCCUAAUGAAAAGAAGAUGUCAUUUCCUAAUUUUGAUAUCUCAUUUUUGGCGUUUUUUAAAAUGUAAAAGGAAAACCUCUUGUGUUCACACAGAUUGCUGAAUUGAUUUCUCCAUAUUUGUUAAUAAUUUACUAUUAUUUACAAAGAUUCAAAUGCUUUUAUGACUAAUGUAAAAUGAAAAGAGGCUUACAUUUUAAAUGUUAUUAAAAUUAUGUACUUAAAUCUAUAAUUAUUUAAUUAUUGUAAAAAGUCCAAGCAGAUUAAUAAAGUAUAUAAUUAAUGGGUUUGGAAAAUCAUCACCCUACUGAACUUAUAAAAUAUCUUGAAAAUGUGAAAAAAAAUUAUUUUAAAUUUUGGGUACAUUGUAUAAGUGGAAGGUAUAAUUUUCAACAAAAAGAUGGUACAAAUGUUAAAAGCACAAACUAUACAAAAGCAAAAUAUUAGAAUAUAUGGCCAAGUGAUUUAAAAAGCAUUAUUUGUACAUUCCUUUAAACAUUUGUUGUUAGAAGUAAAAGAGUAAUUUAUGCUGUUAAAUUUGGCACCAUUUGUAAUUAUAAAAAUUUUGAUUAAUACUA